AUGAAGGAGUCGGAGGACAUGCUUGUCGCCGCCGACCCCGAGAACAAGCACAUGUAUCUCCAGAGCGGGCACUGCGUGAUACAGGCGCUCAAGGGCCUGAUGACGUUCGGGAGCGACGACCUCGCGUCGGCGCUCGAGAUUGCCAAGGCCACGACGGCGACGGCAACGCUUCUCCGGCGCCCCACUGAGGGCGUGCUCGGCAAGCUGCGCCCCGGCGCGAGCAUGCAGCGCGUGCGGCACAUGACCCCACUCGAGCGCCACGCCGAGCUCGUAUAUGCCGAGACGCUGCUCGUCAAGGCCAUCAUUGGGAUCGUCGGCGGCGGCGACUGGAUGGGCCUCAUCCGCGAAGCAUUCAACAUGCGCACCGCGCACGGCAUAUACCGCACCCUGCAGAUCUUCCUUGAAGAGUCGGACAAGGACGGCUUCGACGAGGACAUCGACAUGGACUUCCGCUCCGGCGUCCUCCUCGGCACGGGCACGAGCUCGCUCAUGCUCUCCCUUCUGCCGGGCAAGGUACUCAAGGUCGCCGAGGUGUUCGGGUACGCGGGCGACCGGACGAUCGCGCUCAAGACGCUCAUGAGCGCGGGCGGGUGGAGCGACGACUCGGAGCUGCCGGCGUACACCGAGCAGAACGAGGGCGUGCGCCGGCCGAUCUGCGACAUGAUUCUGCUCACGUUCCACCUCGUCAUUUCCGUGCUCAUGCCCGUGUCCGGCGUCGACAUCCCCGCCGCGAGAAAGAUUCUCGCAUACAACAUGCGCCGGUACCCCGACGGCAUCUUCUUCCUGUACUUCCAGGCGCGGCUGCACACGAACGAGUGCGAGCCCGAGCUCGCGAACAAGUCGCUGCAGAAGGCGCUGGAUCUCGACCUCGAGUACGUGCAGCUGCAGCACAUGUGCUUGUGGGACUACGGGUGCAACUACUUCCAGCUGGCGGACUGGAACGGGGCGCGGCAGUGCUUCGACAUCCUGCGGCGCGAGAGCAACUGGUCCGCGGCAGUGUACACGUACGCGACGGCGGUGAACAUCAUGGAGCUGGUCGCCGCAGGCGCGGACGUGCCGGACGCGACCGAGGCGGACGCCGUCGCGCUCAUCGAAAGCCUGCCGAAGCUGACGAAGAAGAUCGCCGGCAAGUCGCUGCCAAUAGAAAAGCUCGCGAACCGCAAGGGGCGCAAGUAUCUCGCGCAGGGCCACAUGCUGUUCCUGCCCGCGAUGGAGCUGGCGUACGUCUUCGGCUCGCUGGGCCACACGCCACGGCGCGUGCUCGUGUCCAAGUGGCUGCCGCACAUCAACGCCGAGCUUGCGCGCCUCGAAGCCUCGACGCCAGAGGAAUGGGGCACCGGCGACCAGUAUUGGGACGACUACGUGCUCGGCCACUUCCUGCGCGCGUGCGUGCAGUUCGUCGCGGCGUACCAGCCGCCGGAGGCGACGGCGUCCGCACUCGCCCCGCAGCCAGGGGACCCCGGCACGGCGGCGCUGGACGCGGGCGCCGCGGCCGACUUCCAGGCCGUGGUCGACGCCGCGCCGCGCGUCAAGCUCGACCACUACAUCCUCUUCCACAACCACUACGAGUACGGGCGGCUGUACGCGCGGCGCGGCGACGCGGCCAACGCACAGGCCAACUUCGACGUCAUCAUGCACAACAAACUGCCGGUCGCCAACCCGCACGUCGGCAAGGGCAAGUACUCGCUCGAAGGCGCGUUGCAGAUCAAGACGCAUGCCGCGAUGAGCGCGCUCAAGGAGGACCAGGCGAAGCGGCGGCGGGGGUUUGAGCCCAAGUAG